AUGUUGUGCUACUUCCAUCAGUGCCUCCCUCCAGCCUAUCAGGACCUCUUCCCCACCACCCACCCACCCAUGUACGCUGCCAGACGCCCAGCAGCACCCACCUGGCACUCAGCACUCUGCAUCCCCCAGCGUGUCACCCCCUGUGUCCCCCGCCAGCAGAUCAGCUCCUCCAGCUUCUCUCAGCAGCAGUGUGUGACCCAGUGCACGCCGUGCCCACCCAGAUGUGUGCCACAGCUGCAGUGGGUAACCCAGCAGCAGACUCUUCAGCGGCCCCGUGUCCCUCGGUGUGUCACCCUCUGCCUGCCAUGCCGUGAAACCGAGGAGGUGUCACAGGAGUUUGGGGUCACCAAGUGUGUGCCCCAACAAAGUGGGACUGAGAGUGUGACCGAGCCCCUGCCCCCCCGUGUCCCUCAGCAGCCACGUGGCACCCGGGAUGUGACCACGUGUGUACCACAGCAGCCCUACCUGACCAGGGGCAUCCGGCAGCACCAGUGUGCCACCAGGUGUGUCCCCCAGCAGUGUGUGACCUUGUACUCCCCACAUCAGCAGUCUGCUCCCAGGUGUGUCACCACGUGUGUCCCGCAGCAGCGUGCCACCAGGUGUGUCUCACACCACUUUGUGACCUCUGCCACCCCGCAGCAGUGUGCCACCACUCGUGUCCCGUGGCAGUGGGAGACCAGGUGUGUCACCAAGUGUGUCCCACAGCAGUUGGAGACAACUUCUGACCCACAGCAGCUGGGUGUCACCAAAUGUGUCCCAGAGCAGCAGUGUGCCACCAAGUGUGCCACUAAGUGUGCCACCCAGCAGUGUGCCACCAGGUGUGUCCCAGAGCAGCAGUGUGCCACCAAGUGUGCCACCCAACAGUGUGCCACCAAGUGUGUCCCAGAGCAGCAGCAUCCCACCAAGUGUGCCACCCAGCAGUGUGCCACCAGGUGUGUCCCAGAGCAGCAGUAUGCCACCAAGUGUGCCACCAAGUGUGCCACCCAGCAGUGUGCCACCCAACGGUGUGCCACCAAGUGUGUCCCAGAGCAGCAGCAUGCCACCAAGCGUGCCACCAAGUGUGCCACCCAGCAGUGUGCCACCAGGUGUGUCCCAGAGCAGCAGCGGUGUGUGACAAAGUGUGUCCCAGAGCAGCAAUGUGCCACCAAGUGUAUCCUACAGCAGUAUGCCACCAACUGUGUCCCCCAGAACUGUGUGACAAGGUGUGUCCCAGAGCAGCAGUGUGCCACCAAAUGUGUCCCUCAGCAGGAGUGUGCCACCAAGUGUGUCCCCCAGCAGUGUGCCAUCAAGUGUGUCCUGCAGCAGCGUGCGACCAAAUGUGUCCCACAGAGGUGUGUGACAAAGUGUGUCCCAGAGCAGCUGUGUGCCACCAAAUGUGUCCCCCAGCAGUGCCACUCAGGGGGAGUAAAAAUUUCAAGUCAUGCUCAGAAAUAUUGCUCGGUGUCCAAAUGUCCCUGGUAA